AUGUAUCGCGCCGCGAUCAGAACAACGACGCGCGCCGCUCGAUCCGCGCCGUUGUCGAACCCGAGCCGCCGAUAUCUCAGCUCAACUCCGGCCGACAAGCCGAGGACAUGGAAGGGCGCUGCGGUCAGAUGGGGUUUGGCAUUUGGUGCUCUCUACUGGUACAACACAAGUCCCAUUUUUGCGGACGAGCCGAUACCACAAACCAUCGCCGCACCUCCCAAAUUCCGUGAUGCCGAGUUACCCACCGUCGAGUCUGUAAUCGAGCAGAAGCGCAAGGAGGCCGAGGCCAGAGCUGCCAAGGCCGUAGCGGCGCCGGCGGCGCCGUCAGAGAAGCCGCAGGACCCUACACCAGAAGCCAGCGCAGUCGAGGCCGUGCCUGCCAAGGGGGAGGCCGCGCCAGCCUCGGGUGCGAUGCCGGGAUCACCCGAAGCUUUGGAGGAAGAGGCCGGCCAGCAGGGCGCUUUCAACCCUGAGACGGGCGAGAUCAACUGGGACUGCCCAUGCCUCGGCGGAAUGGCCGACGGACCCUGCGGCGAGGAGUUUAAGGCUGCAUUCAGCUGCUUCGUCUACUCGACCGAAGAGCCGAAGGGCAUGGACUGCAUUGAGAAGUUCCAAGGCAUGCAGGAUUGUUUCAAGAAGUACCCUGAGGUUUACGGCGCCGAGCUAGCAGAUGCGGAAGCGACAGGUGAGGACGACGCCGACGCUCUCCCUCUGCCGGAGAGCUCGAGCGACGCCCCUGUUGCCGAAAAGGCUACCGAGGUCAAGGACUCACAGACGGCCCUGGACUUGUCGGUACCCGAGCCCAAGGUUGAUGCGGCGGUCGUCCCCAAGGUUAAGGAGACCCCCGCAAAGACAAUCCCAGAGAGCGAGGUUAUCCCCAAAAAAGCCGUUGAUGCAACCGAUGCAAACGAGAAGGCCAAGGAGCAGUAA